GUUUUCUCUUGAAGCUCCUCUUCACCCUUAUCUCAGCUCUAACGUCAUGAAAGCUUCGCUUGAGUUGUUUCCUGCCUCACUGCUUCUGGACUGAGCAAAAGAAGUGAGAGCUACUGUAACAAACAUUUCACUUGAUCAGGAGAGUAAAGAUGACAACGUUUCCUUGCCGAGUUAUUCUUUUGGACGGCGCUGUCAUUGAGCGAGACUUAGAGAAAAAAGCAGUGGGCCAGGUUCUGUUUAAUAAAGUCUGUGAGUAUCUCAAUCUUCUAGAGAGGGACUAUUUUGGCCUGGCAGCAUGGGAUUCAUCUAACAAUAAGGUGUGGUUGAAAUUUUCCAAACCGGUUCACAAGCAGAUCAAAAGUCAUGAUGCUACAUUUACAUUCAGUGUCAAGUUUUACCCACCUGACCCCUCUUUACUGGCUGAGGACAUUACAAGAUACUUACUGUGCCUUCAGCUCAGGACAGACAUCCUGGCAAGCCGUCUGCCAUGUCCACCAGAUAUUUUGGCAGUUUUGGGAUCAUACACAGUCCAGGCAGAAUUUGGAGAUUAUAACCCUGAACUACACGGGAAAGAGUUCUUCAGUAAUAUUCCCCUUGCACCCAAUCAAACUCCAGAGCUGGAGGAGGCUGUGGCAGAGCUCCAUCAAACACUCAAAUCCAUGAGUCCUGCUGAAGCAGAUCAGGGUUUCCUGCAGAAUGUCAAGACGCUCCACAUGUACGGAGUACAUCUGCAUCCUGCUAAGGAUGCCAGUGGUGGAGAUGUGAUGCUGGGUGUGUGUGCUGAUGGUCUAGUAGUGUAUGAGGAUGAGGAAAACACACAGAGUUUCAGCUGGCCCACAGUUCUGAAUAUUUUUUACAAACACAGCAACUUCCAAGCCAGGGUUUCUCACUCAGAGGAUGCAUCUGAAAAUACCAUCAAAUUCACUCUUCCCAGCUACCGUGCAUGCAAAUGCCUGUGGAAAAAUGCUGUGGAGCAUCAUGGCUUCUUCAGGAAUUUUAAGGACCUAGCCAAGGCUCCCCUCCAGUUGGGUUCAAGGUAUCGUUUUGACGGUCUCACUCAUGAGGAAUCUCUAGAGGUCAGCUCCACCAUCAAGCAAGCAGCUCCACGCUUUGCACGCUCAGCCAUCAAGAGGAAAGCAAAAGAAAGCUUUCUUGUGGAUAUGAAGCGCCCAAACAGAACCGAAUUUGUCGACUGGUUUCAACUGCUUGGCUCUGAUGAAACAUGGCCUGCUUAUAGCCCAGAUAAGUACCAAGUGACAGCUGGAGAGACACUUGCUUAUAAAGGAAGAGAGGAAGUGGAUGAACUGGAUAAUGAGUGGUUUCAGCUGUUGGGUGGGCGCUCCUUUCCCACUCAGCAUUCUUACUCAUCCUUAUCUUCAGAUUCUGACAUUUUGGAAAGUGAUAAAUUCCAGCUUUGGAAACUGCAAGCUGAUGACUGGUUUGUUCUCCUCGAACCCCACACAUAUCAGCCCGGUGUAAGGCACUGGAAGACCCAACAAUUGUCUUUCCAGUCCUCUCAAGCAGAAGAGCAGACAGAAGAGCUGGAAUAUAUAAAAGGAAACUCAGAGAAGAGUAUAAAUAUUGUCUGGAAAAGAAAAGAGGUUGAUGCUGUGACAGAGCAACACGAGGAAGUGGAAGUGGAAAGAAACUCAAUAAGUCCAGAUGUUGUUGGCAAAAAUCUAGAGUUGGAAACUAGGGACAGUGAGCAAAUAGUGAAAGUUAUGAGGGAAAUGAUGGAAGGUGAGGUGGAUGGAGAAGAAUUACAAACAGUAGUAAUGUAUGAACAGAGAAGGCAGGUGGUGGAACCUUAUACUGGACAACUUCAGGAGGCUUUUGUUGAACAAAUAUUUAGAGGGAUGGAAGUCGUAGACACGGUACGUGAACUGAUGUUAAAGACAGGUGAAGUGGUGUCUGAGGAAAAUGUAGAGGAUUUAGAGAAAACAUUACAAGAAGUGGAGAGCGUUGAAAGAACACUGCAGGACAUAGAAAGGCUAAAAGUCAAAUUACAGGAAGUAGAAUUAUUGGAGCAAAAACUACAAGAAGUGCAGCAGGCAGGAAGACAGCUUGGGGAGAACGAUGAUUGGUACAUUUUGCUGGAGAACAAACUGAUGGCAUCUUCAGCACCUGUGAGACUUGUAGGAGUGGAAACUUCUGAAAAAAAGCUGCAGAAAAAACUUGAACAAGGAGACAGAGGAGACUGGUACCUUAUGCUGGAUCGCAAACCCUUAGUGGUAUCUUCAGCAAAUGCAGGUCUUACCAUGGACACAACAGAGCGGAAAGCAGAGAUGAGUCAGUGGACAGAGGAGAAACUCCAGAGAGCAAACACUCUAACACGUGUCCAGAUGAAAGACGACUGGUACAUUUUGCUGGACUUGCUCCCACGACCUACACAGACCACACAACCUGCACUGCCUCAAUCAGUAGAGACUGUCCAGUCAUCUUGGAUGAAUGUGGUAGAGGAGCACAAAAACUUCGAUGAAGAGUUCAAAUGGAGAGAGGAGAGAACAAUUUAUGUGGGAGAAACACAACCAAUUUUACCAGUACAAAGAGAAGAACAGACAGAGAAACAGGUGGAUGAUGACUGGUUUAUCCAGCGGUACGUUCCUCCUAAAGAAGCAGGUAAACAGAGAGCUGUAGAUGUUCACAAAGAGACCAAAGAGGAGGAGGUACAACUAAUCAAAACACAAGUAAAAACGAUAAUAAUUGAAGAGGAGAGAAGAGAAAUGCUAGAAACAUCUCAUGAAGUGGGUCAGAUGAAUCCAAUCCCAUUCGAGAAGAGAGAUGUUCCUUCAGGUCUUACCAUGGACACAACAGAGCGGAAAGCAGAGAUGAGUCAGUGGACAGAGGAGAAACUCCAGAGAGCAAACACUCUAACACGUGUCCAGAUGAAAGACGACUGGUACAUUUUGCUGGACUUGCUCCCACGACCUACACAGACCACACAACCUGCACUGCCUCAAUCAGUUCUUGUCACAGCUGUAGAUGUUCACAAAGAGACCAAAGAGGAGGAGGUACAACUAAUCAAAACACAAGUAAAAACGAUAAUAAUUGAAGAGGAGAGAAGAGAAAUGCUAGAAACAUCUCAUGAAGUGGUUCAGAUGAAUCCAAUCCCAUUCGAGAAGAGAGAUGUUCCUUCAGGUCUUACCAUGGACACAACAGAGCGGAAAGCAGAGAUGAGUCAGUGGACAGAGGAGAAACUCCAGAGAGCAAACACUCUAACACGUGUCCAGAUGAAAGACGACUGGUACAUUUUGCUGGACUUCCCACGACCUACACAGACCACACAACCUGGACUGCCUCAAUCAGUUCUUGUCACAGCUGUAGAUAUUCACAAAGAGACCAAAGAGGAGGAAGUACAGCUAAUCAAACCACAAGUAAAAACGAUAAUAAUUGAAGAGGAGAGAAGAGAAAUGCUAGAAACAUCUCAUGAAGUGGUUCAGAUGAAUCCAAUCCCAUUCGAGAAGAGAGAUGUUCCUUCAGGUGCUACCAUUUAUACAACAGAGCAAAACGCAGAGAUUAGACAGUGGAUAGAGGGGGAACUCCAAAGAGCAAACACUCUAACACCUGUCCAGAUGAAAGAUGACUGGUACAUUUUGCUGGACUUGCCUACACGACCUACACAGACCACACAACCUGCACUGCUUCCAUCAGGUACAACUAAAACCACACCAGUUCUUGUCACAGCUGUAGAUGUUCACAAAGAGACCAGAGAGGAGGAAGUACAGCUAAUCAAAACGCAAGUAAAAAUAAUGAAAUCUGAGGAGGAGAGAAGAGAAACGCUAGAAACAUCUCAUGAGGUGAUUCAGAUGAAACCAAUUCCAUUUGAGAAGAGAAAUGUUCCUUCAGGUGCUACCUUUUAUACAACAGAGCAAAGAGCAGAGAUUAGACAGUGGAUAGGGGAGGAACUCCAAAGAGCAAACACUCUAACACCUGUCCAGAUGAAAGACGACUGGUACAUUUUGCUGGACUUCCUUCCACGGCCUACACAGACCACACAACCUGCACUGACUCCAUCAGAGGGUGUGUCAGACACAUGGAUUCUGGAAGAAAAGAGAUUAAGGGAGGUGCAGAAGGGACGACUCAGUAAGGACGUAAAGAGAAGCCAUGUGGUGGAGGACAAAAUACUUCAUCCAUAUGUGCCUGCACCAAAAGCAGAAGAGCGUCAUCGGGAGGUGAUUGAUGAUUGGUUCCUCCUGCUGGAGCCCGUUUCUAAAAUAUCAGUGAACAUUUACAAGAGAGCCGAGGAGGACCAGCGUAGGAAGGACGAGUUGUUUAAGAAGCAAGCCUUGGCAGAAGACAGAAGAAAAGUGGCAGGAUUCAGACAUCCAUCAGUCCCUAUCAUCCCACUGACUCCAGCUGAUCAGCCAAUGACAUCAACUCCCACUGCACAAUCUGUUCGCAUCACAAGACCCACUUAUCAAGAGGAGCGUCUAAAGAGACUGGAAAUCACACAGGAGAUCACACAAGAUAUAAAGCAAGAAUCUAAGGUGGAAUCAGAGUCCAUCAUUAAGAGAAAGAAAAGAGAGAAGAGAAUUGAGGGUGAAUCCAUUUAUAUCCGUCACAGCAUUCUAAUGUUAGAGGACUCUGAUGUGACUCAGGAGAUUGUGUUGAAUCAUCAUGCCAGUGUCAGUGAGUUAAAGCGCAUCUUUAUGGAGGACAUGCCUGUGUUCGGUCCCACUGAGUGGGACAGGCGUCUCUCUACAUACACUCCUGUCAUUUACCCCAAAUUAUCCAACGGCGAGCUGUUUAAUGGCAUAGACAUAAUGGGAGCAGAAGGAUUAUCAGUGAUGUGAUGUGAUGUCGCUCCACCCUGUUAUCCUUGCGAAUCCUUUGUCUUAUCAACAGCUCAGGACACCGAACCUCUUUCCUUUACUGCACCAUUUUGUCAUUGAUACAUUGCUGUUGUUAUUUGGUAAUAUAACCUGUAUACCAGAUUUAUUUUUUAUGUGCAGUAAAUACUAUAGAACUUUUAUAUUGUAAUACUAAGCAUUACAGUGGUUUGUUGCCUGAAUGCAGAUGUCUAAUGUCUGGUAACAGAUGUGAGCUUAUCACUGUCAAUGUAGGAUUGUCUGUGUUUAUUAGCCAGAUUUUGAAAAGUGUGGAAACCCAACAAAGAAUUACAAUUGAAGCAAAAUAUGUGUAGGCAGUUUUGAAUAAUAUAUUAUUCAUUGGAGAAGAAAUAAAUUGAUCAGAAACAAACCCUAAAGACAGCGUCAUAAGGUUCUUAGACAUGUUGCUGAACUGCUUUUGUUGUGUAUAGGUGUGGUUUUUCACACAAAAAAAAGAAAAAGAAACUUGGAUUCACUUUAUAAAUGUACAAUUAUACCUUGUUUAUUAGUUUGACAGUCUGUAUAUGGAGAUAACACAAAAUUCCCCAUUUAAUCUGCUUGUAUUUACAGGUUUUGUUGAUUUAUCUUGUCAUGACAAUAUUGUAUUUGGCAUGAAGUCAUGAUGUUAUAUAUAAAUAUAUAUAUACUAAA